CGUUUGAAUAAUUUAACCCCAAAUCUCCGCCAUGGAAGCCGGUCUCUGCGCAUUUUGCUUGUUGUUCGCCAUCCAGCCCAGCAGGCGUCGCUAGUGGCGCCAUCAUUCUCAAAUGGCGCUGUUUUCACCCGGAAGCGGAGGAACAAUUGCAGAGAGGCGAGCAGUGCUGUCUCCAUUCUGCUCGCUGUUUAGGGGAUACAUUAAAUUACAAAUCGACUAUCAUUGUAGACGUACGUGCAGGAGGAUUUUGUGUUACCAGUGAAGAUGUCGGUCGUGCCUCCCAGUCGCUCGGCUACCGGCUGGCCGCGCCGCGGCGGAGAUCAGUUCGGGAGCAAAUACAUCAGCGGGCCCGCUAAACCGCUCACACUGGAGCGGACCAUCAACCUAUACCCUCUCACCAACUACACAUUUGGCACUAAAGAGCCUCUGUAUGAAAAGGACAGCUCGGUUGCUGCCAGGUUCCAGCGGAUGCGGGAAGAGUUUGAUAAGAUGGGCAUGCGCAGGACGGUGGAGGGGGUUCUCAUCGUCCAUGAGCACAGGCUUCCUCACGUGCUACUUCUGCAACUGGGCACAACAUUUUUCAAACUGCCUGGUGGAGAGCUGAGUCCUGGUGAGGAUGAAGUGGAGGGUUUGAAGCGCCUGAUGACUGAGAUCCUUGGACGUCAGGACGGGGUGAAGCAAGACUGGGUGAUUGACGACUGCAUAGGAAACUGGUGGCGCCCCAACUUUGAGCCUCCUCAGUACCCGUAUAUUCCAGCUCACAUCACCAAACCUAAGGAGCAUAAAAAACUGUUUCUGGUUCAGUUGCAGGAGAAAGCCCUCUUUGCUGUUCCCAAGAACUACAAACUGGUGGCUGCGCCGCUGUUUGAACUGUAUGAUAACGCUCCUGGAUAUGGACCAAUAAUUUCCAGUCUACCGCAGUUGUUGAGCAGGUUUAACUUCAUCUAUAACUAAUGUGAGUGAGCAGAAGUGCGCCUGUCUGUCUCUGUGAGCGCAGCCAGAAACUCUGUGAUGAACAGCAUUGCCACCUCUGCCACAAUUCUUACGAAAGCAAAACUUGUCACGCCAGGUAUAAUGAAAGUCCCCAGGGGUGUUUAUACUGUUGUGAGAUUAGAAAAAAAAGACAAAUGUCAUGUUUUUUUUCAUUUUCUGUUUUUUUAAACGUGAAAAAAACUGCAACUUCUUGUAGUUAUGCAGGUGUGUUUUCCAGUGUGUUGAGAACCUGAUUUUAUGUUCACGUGAAGGAUGCCAAUGUUAAAUUAAACAAGCUACAACAUUGUGUUUCCUGUUAUUAUAACCUGUAACGAUGAUAUGCUUUUCUUUUUUAAAAUAAAGCAGUCUUUUGAGUAUGUUUUUAUCAAGCUGAAAGAGCCGGUGAGUGUUUCUGAGCAGCAACCUUCAAAGUCAGUUAAAUGGUAACCUCAGAAAAUACAUGUUUCAGACAAUUAUCAGCAAAACGUGUUUUUUUUUUGCUUACAUAUGUAAUCGGUUCCCUAAAAACAGUGUUGGGGAUUGCAUUUUAUGUUGCUGAAAAGCUUAUAUUCACUGAUGGUUAUUUUGUUCCGU